AGCGGAAGUUGUCCCUCUGUCAGGCGGCUGCGUAGACAGUUCCUGGGCGCAGGUGGGGUCCUUGUGGCUGGCGCUGACACGAGUGAGGAGAGGAGAGCGACAGGCGGUGGCGGCCCCGGUUCCGGCCUCUCCCCGUCCCCGAGCCCGGCCGCUGGGGAUGGUCUCCCGCUGACAUGGGCGGCAGCAGUUCCAAAGGCCGCAGUUUCUGGCCCUUCGGCUCGGGCGCCGUCGCCGACACGGCCGACGGCGAGCGCCAGCAGAGCCUGGCCCGGUACCGCAGCGGGCGGCUAAGUGCCACCCCCUUCGUAUUCAGCCGCAGGAGCUCAAUGUACUAUGAUGAAGAUGGUGAUUUGGCUCAUGAGUUCUAUGAAGAAACCUUCGUCACAAAAAAUGGAAGAAAAAAAGCUAAACUGAAAAGAAUUCAUAAAAAUUUAAUACCUCAGGGUAUAAUUAAGCUGGACCACCCGCGAAUCCAUGUGGAUUUCCCUGUUGUUUUAUGUGAGGUGUGACCAGAAUGGAAGUUUCUUUCAAAAUAAAACUGGACUAUAGGAGUUCGCCAGAUGCUGAACCUUUGAUGGUCCUCUAUGUUGGUGAUGGAGACUGAUCGGACAAGCGUGUGGCAUCUGUUUAAUUUCCGUGUAGUUUUUAAAUGCUAAGAGCCAAACACUUAACGUUUCCUCUGUAUGAUUGUCUAUAGAGUGAUCUGUUAAAAUUGAAUUCAUUUAUAAGACCACAGUACAGAUGUAUACUAGAGCUCCAGUGCUAUUUCAAGUAAUUGUGUUAGAUUACUGUGACAUAUGUUUAAAGACCAUGUAAAUAGUAGCUUUAAUUUAAUGCAGUCAUUAGGGGUGUUCAAACAUUUUGAGUUCUGUAUAUACACAUCUGCACAAUACUUGGCAGUAAAUAUAAUGGCAUAUCUAUGAAAAUUAGUUGCAAGGUUUUAUUUAUGAAUGACUAUUGUUUGUUAAUUUUCUCAUACUAUAUAAUAAAAGAUUCCACAGAGUC